AGUCACCUUGGCCCCUGCCCCCUGCCCCCUGCCCCAUGCAGAGGGGGGCUCUGGGUUUACCAAAGACAGCUGGGCGACUUGGUGCUGGAACAGCAGGAGGGUAGCUCUUCUGAGGUCAGCAUGUGGUGUGAUUGUUAGACACAGUUUUACUGUGUUUGGAAGCCACACAUCCAUGUGAAAUCCUGCUCCAGGCCUUUGCUCAUCCCAUGCCUGCCCCUCCCACAGCUGCUGAGGCUCAGCCGGGCAGGGCACUCUGUGACCAUUACCUGUCGCCCUCCCCCGCCCUCUCCACACGAGCGGCCCGGGCGCCAGGUCACGAGGUGGGGGAGGGGGUUAAAGCGGCAGCCAGGCUCCCAGCGGCCACCCAAGCCCAUGGCCACAGCCUUGGUGCUGCUGAUGAACAUCCUGCUACUUUGCUGCGGAGAGCUCUCCAAGUCAAAAAAGGCAAAUAGGGUCAGGUGCUCACACCACACCGAGUGUUUCAGCAACUGUUGCCUCAUGGAAUUGGACACUGGUGGGAACUUCUGUGCCCCCAAGGCCAGGCUCAACAACGUGUGCUUGCCCCAGACCAAGGGAGCCUUCAACUUCAUCUGCCCUUGCCGGCGGGGCUUGAAUUGCAUAGCCAAGGACACGAUGUGUCCCCGACGGUGUCACAUCAUUUAGAGGAGGACACGAGCUGCUCACUGCCACCCCCUCUCCCUCCUCCGGGCCAGAGGCCCUGGGCUCCCCCAGCUUGCUCCAAAUCCGGUCCCUGAUGCAUUAAAUUCACUU